AUGUUAAUGCCUCCAGCACCUACACAAUUAUUAACAAUUCAUCAAACUGGGCAACCAGCUCCAACAUCCGCAUCACCAAGUUUAUCGCCAUUAACAUCAUCAUCACCGCCAUCAACUCAAACAGAUCCAUCGUUAACGGAUAAUCCAGAAUAUUUAUCACAAUUAUUAAAAGAUAAAAGACAAUUAGCUGCAGUACCCAAUAUGUUUAUGCAUAUUGAACGAUUACUUGAUCAAGGCUAUACGCGUCCAAAAAUGGAAUUACCUGAACCGAAUGGAGAAAAGAAAAUUUUUCAAGAAAAAGUAUUUAUUCCGGUGCAACAACAUCCUGAAUUUAAUUUCGUUGGCCGUAUAUUGGGUCCACGAGGAAUGACUGCAAAACAACUUGAAGCCGAUACAGGUUGUAAAAUAAUGGUUCGAGGUCGGGGGUCAAUGAGAGAUAAACAAAAAGAAGAUCAAAAUCGAGGUAAAGCUAAUUGGGAACAUUUAGAUGAAGAUCUUCAUGUAUUAAUACAAUGUGAGGAUCAUGAAAAUCGUGCAUUAGUUAAAUUAGAACGUGCUAAAGAAGAAAUUAUGAAAUUAUUAAAACCAGCCGCUGAAGGUGAAGAUGAUUUAAAAAAGAAACAAUUAAUGGAAUUAGCUAUUAUUAAUGGAACAUAUCGUGAACCAAAUUUAUUUCAAAAAAAAUUACAACAAUUACAAUUUCCAAAUAAUCGAAUGCCAAUAGGUGCACCAUUAAUUUUAACACCACGUAUGCAACAAAAUCUUUUAGCAGCACAAAUUCAAUCAGGUGCUGCACCAGCUAUGUUUACUACAACAACUACUCAAACACAACCAACAUUAGCUACUGUUCAACAAGCUUCACUUAUUCAAACAACAUCAGCAAAUGGUGAACAAAAUUUUGUUCAAGUAUUUGCACCAUUACAAACACUUGAUCAAAUGGGUGGAAUGAUUGCAGGUGGUACACAUUUAUUUGAAUAUCCAACACAUAUUGAUCCAAGUCAAGCAGCUUUUCCAUUUUUGACCGCUCCUACAGCCACAACACCAGCAGCAUCAGCAUCAGCAGCAGCAUCUUCAGAAUUUUCAACAACAUCAGCAUUCACACAAUCAGUCUAUGUAUCAAAAAAUUCCUAA